AUGGCACUGUUUAAGUCACGUAACAAUAGAAGGUCAUCAUCACCGUCUUACGUACCAACCUUGACUAUAUUAGUAUUUAUUGCACUAUGUGUUUUCGGUGUAUGGAUGCUAAAUUCCAACUCUGUAGUAUCACCUCAAACAAACAAUGAUGAAGACACCGCAACCCGAAUGGCCAUUGAUACCUCAACGACCACCAAUGAUGAUCUCCCUUCCUCCGAAGAUUCCCAUGAAACCACAACCAAAAUCGAAGAAGUCCAAAAGGACACUCCUGCUGCUGUUUUUGGAGACAAUCCUGGUCAUCUUCCAGAUGAUGCCAUUAAAUCUGAUGAUAAAAAUCCCGACAAUGAUCCACAAAAGCAGCAAAGUGCCAGCAGUGAAUCACAGUUAUCAGAGGAAAGCUCGUUAACUCAAAAAGAACAGGCCUCCGUGAUACACGAAGCAGGUUCAGAUAGUGAUGUGAAAAUUGUUGAGUCUGAGAAAGCUCAACAAAGUAGCACUGAAGCUUCUUCUGAUGGAAACAAAAAGGAUGAAGAAGAGAAUGCCACCGAAUCUCAGGAUGGAAAUGCAACUGAAAAUCAAGAACAAAGCGCGGGCCAACAACAAGAAGUUCAAAGUUUUGACACUCAAGUGUCUAAAACUGACGAAGAUGAAGCAAACAAAGAACAAUUGAGAGAAGACAAGGGCGAUGUUGCGAUCACAAAGAAAGAUGAAAAGCUCUCUCAGAAAGGGUCAGAGAAAAACGAAAACCUCAAGGUACAAGAUGAGGGUGGAGAAACACAGAAGCCAAAAGCAGACAAGAAAGGUGGCAAGUGGUCAACACAAGCAGCUCAGUCACAGAAGGAAAACAAGAGACAGAAGGAUGAAUCAGGCAGCGAUGGGAAGCUACAAGAUUUCACCUGGUAUCUCUGUAAUGUCACUGCAGGUGCUGAUUAUAUACCAUGUUUGGACAAUGAAAAGGCUUUGAAACAGUUACGUAGCACAAAACACUAUGAACACAGGGAAAGGCAUUGUCCUGAGGAAGGACCUACUUGCCUAGUGCCAAUUCCCACAGGUUACAAAACACCCGUCGAGUGGCCUGGCAGUAGAGAUAAGAUAUGGUACCACAACGUACCACACACGAAGCUGGCACAGGUGAAGGGACACCAGAACUGGGUGAAGGUCAGUGGUGAGUUCUUGACAUUCCCUGGAGGUGGCACCCAGUUCAUUCACGGAGCUCUUCACUAUAUUGAUUUUGUUCAACAGGCUGAACCUAGUAUUGCAUGGGGAAAGCACACCCGGGUGAUCUUGGAUGUUGGGUGUGGGGUUGGCAGUUUUGGAGGUUUCCUUUUUGAAAGAGAUGUUAUUGCAAUGUCUUUUGCACCCAAAGAUGAACAUGAAGCACAAGUGCAAUUUGCCCUUGAGAGAGGGAUUCCUGCCAUAUCUGCUGUUAUGGGCUCUCAAAGGCUGCCAUUCCCCAGUCGCGUCUUUGAUCUCAUACAUUGUGCACGUUGUCGAGUACCUUGGCAUGUGGAUGGUGGCAUGUUGCUUUUGGAAUUGAAUCGGGUUUUGCGACCAGGUGGUUAUUUUGUUUGGUCGGCUACUCCUGUGUACCAGAAGCUUGAAGAAGAUGUCCAGAUAUGGAAGGAAAUGACCUCCCUAACGAAGGCAAUUUGUUGGGAGCUUGUGACUAUCAGCAAGGAUGAACUGAAUCAUGCUGGUGCCGCCAUUUACCGCAAGCCCACUUCAAAUGAAUGCUACGAGCAAAGGGAGCAAAAUCAGCCUCCAAUGUGUCAGGAUGACGAUGAUCCGAAUGCUGCCUGGUAUGUACCUCUGCAAUCAUGCAUACACAGGGUGCCGGUAAACAAGGCUGAGAGAGGAGCCAUAUGGCCUGCAGCUUGGCCUCGUCGACUACAGAAAGCCCCGUAUUGGUUAAACAAGUCGCAGAUUGGGAUCUAUGGAAAAGCAGCUCCUCAAGAUUUUGCAGCAGACAAUGAACGUUGGAAAAACGUUGUGGACGAGUUGACCAACAUUGGUAUAACUUGGUCUAACGUGAGAAAUGUCAUGGACAUGCGAGCUGUUUAUGGGGGAUUUGCAGCAGCUCUGAGGGAUCUUCCUGUUUGGGUAUUCAAUGUGGUGAACAUAGAUGCUCCGGACACACUUCCCAUCAUCUAUGAGAGGGGUCUUUUUGGGAUAUACCAUGAUUGGUGUGAAUCCUUCAGCACAUAUCCUCGAACUUAUGAUCUACUCCAUGCAGAUAAUCUUUUCUCAAAGCUAAAAGAAAGGUAUGGAUGGAAGUGCAAACUUCUUGUUGUUAUGGCAGAGGUGGAUAGAAUAAUCAGACCGGGAGGUAAAUUGAUUGUCCGUGAUGAAUCUAGCACCCUCAGCGAAGUGGAAGCUUUGUUAAAAUCUAUACAUUGGGAAAUAAUCUUCAACAAAAAAGAAGAGGGUAUGCUAUGUGCAAAGAGAGGCAAUUGGAGGCCUGACUCAGUAGCUUCGUCCUGA